AUGUAUGUGUAUGGCCUGGAGGGGUACAUUGCCGAGUCCCAAAACGUGCUCAUGCAACAUUCGAUAAAGGUGCCCCAGCCCAAGCGCGCAGCCACGUCUGAAGGUGUUACAAAGGAAACGCGGGAUGACAUGCUCACGAGGAUGAGUGAAACAAUCGAUAACCUACAGACCACUAUUAGUCAAAAGGAGGCGGUGAAUCAGCGUUCCGAGGAAUCAUCUGAUGAACAUUAG